AUGGCAGGAAGAAGCCUAUCGUGGAAGGGUUUGAACGUUGUCACUCGGGAAAGUUAAUUUGUUCCAGUAAUGGAAAAGAAUUUGAGAUGACUGUAAUAAUGGAGUCAACAGCGAUAUAACAAAGAACAACUUGUCUUAUAGAAAAACACUUGUGGAAGUAGGAAGAACCGUAUCUUUUUUUUUUUGUACCGAGUUUUAGCCUAGCUAGCUAGCAUUACAUUAGCCAUCAGUCACUACCGCACAGACACUCAGGGAGGCACGCAAUGGUUUUUGAGGGGGGAUUACGGACGACUCUCCUUGCAACGAAAAUUGCACAACAUUUGUUGUACUGGUAAAGUUUUGUAUGUUCCAACAACAAAGAGUCGUCAAGAGUAGCUACAAUACGUUUUCUUUCCACUGUUUGGGGGUACUUUGAAUUUCCCUCCUUUUUCAAUCCCAGGCGGAUGAAAAGGGGUUUGGGGUUGUCUAGCACCAGUUAACUAGCCAUUUGCUAAUAGUUGUAGUCAGUUCUCAAGGGUACUUAGCUAUACAUUUUUUUUUUCGUCGGAAAGGACAACUUUUGAUAACUUUGUAUCGAGGCAAAAUCGGGAUAUCACCGGGUGUGUUUGUGGAUUUAUUUUUGUUCUCCCUUUUGAGGAAAUUCUCUACACAAUGGAUCCUAAUUCAGGGAAUUCUGCCUCUGCUCCCAAAAGCAAGAAGGACAAGAAAGAAAAGAAAAACUAUGAAGAUGGAGACGGCAAAAAGAAAUUUAAACUCAAACGGCUGAUUCCUGAUGAGUUGGAGCGUUUCACCAGCAUGAGGAUGAAGAAGGACAAGGAGAAGCCUCAUGCAGCCGGGCAGCGCCACUCCAACGCUGCCCACUACGAGGUUCCUACCCAGGGGACCAUGCUGCACGACCACCCUGACGAAUACGUCCUGGAACUCUUCGAACAGAUGCUGGUGGAUAUGAACUUGAACGAGGAGAAGCAGCGGCCUCUGCGGGCGAAAGACAUCGUCAUCAAGCGAGAGAUGGUGUCUCAGUACCUCCACACGUCCAAAGCUGGUCAGAACAGGAAGGAGAGCUCCAAGUCAGCCAUGAUAUACAUCCAGGAGCUGAGGACUGAGCCCAGAGACGCACAGCUCCUGGGCUGUCUGGAAUCACUCCGGGUCUCCCUCAACAACAACCCUGUCAGCUGGGUGCAGAACUUUGGAGACGAGGGCCUGGUUCUGCUGCUCAACACCAUGAGGAAAAUCCAGGAGGAGAAGGACGAGUACCCAAACAUGGGCAUGAAGUGUCAACACGAGAUUGUGCGCUGUCUCAAAGCCUUCAUGAACAACAAGUAUGGUCUGAAGGCCAUGUUGACGUCUGCCGAGGGCAUCCCUCUGCUGGUCCGAGCCAUUAACCCCCGGGUCCCUCACAUGAUGGUGGAUGUGGUCAAACUGCUCUCGGCCAUCUGCAUCCUGGAACACCCUGACAACCUUCAUGAGCGUGUUCUGGAGGCCAUCACUGAGGAGGCAGAAAAGCAGGACAAUGAGAGGUUUCAGCCACUCCUCUUAGGUAUGAACAAGCCCAACAUCGCCUUGAAGAAUGGCUGUAUGCAGCUCAUCAACGCUCUCAUCAGUCGAGGAGAAGAGCUGGACUACAGGAUCCACAUCCGCUCAGAGCUGCUGAGACUGGGCCUACGAGACCUGCUGACGGAUAUUCGGACCAUAGAGAAUGAGGAGCUGAGGGUGCAGCUCAGUGUUUUUGACGAGCAGGCCGAGGAUGACUCUGAUGAACUCCAGGCCCGCCUCAGCGACGUGCGCAUCGAGAUGGAUGAUGUGACCGAGGUGUUCCAGAUCCUGAUGAACACGGUCAAAGACUCCAAGGCCGAAACACACUUCCUGUCUCUGAUGCAGCACCUGCUGCUGGUUCGCAAUGACUACAUGGUCAGGCCCCAGUACUACAAGCUGAUAGAUGAGUGUAUAGCUCAGAUCGUGUUGCACAGGAACGGAGCCGACCCAGACUUCAAGUGCCGUAAUCUCAGCCUGGACGUUGAGGGGUUAAUUGACAACAUGGUGGACAAGACCAAGGUGCAGAGCAGUGAGGCCAAGGCCAUAGAGCUGGAGAAGAAGCUGAAUGCAGAGCUGACGGCGCGCCAUGAGCUGCAGGUGGAGCUGAAGAAGAUGGAGGGAGACUAUGAACAGAGAGUCCAGGAGCUGGCCGCUGAGAAGGAGAUUCUGGGCUCUGAGAAGCAGGCGAGAGAGGGCGAGAAUCAGACCUUACUGGGACAGAUCAACACGUUCAAAGAAAAGAUAGAGACGCUCAAUAAGGAUCUGGAGGAGGCCAAGACCAGAGUCGUCACGGUCCAUGUCCCAGUUGGCCCUGCUCCUCCCACUGCCCCCCCUCUCCCAGGCACACCUCUCCUCCCAGGGCAAGCUAGGAUGCCCGUGCCCCCUCCUCCACCCCUACCCGGCCAAUCAUUCCUCCCUCCCCCUCCUCCCCUACCAGGGAUGCCCGGCCCCCCUCCGCCACCACCCCUACCAGGGAUGCCCGGCCCCCCUCCGCCACCACCCCUACCAGGGAUGCCCGGCCCCCCUCCGCCACCACCCCUACCAGGGAUGCCCGGCCCCCCUCCGCCACCACCCCUACCAGGGAUGCCCGGUCCCCCUCCUCCCCUCCCUGGUGGUCCUGGAAUGCCCCCUCCACCCCCUCCUGCACCUGGCAUGGGCAUGCCCCCUCCUCCUCCUGGUAUGGGGGGCUGGGGAGCCCCUGUGCCACCCCCUCUGCCCUUUGGCCUGUCGCCCAAGAAGGAGUAUAAGCCUGAGGUGCAGCUGAAGCGGGCCAACUGGAGCAAGAUUGGAUAUGAGGAUCUGUCUGAAAACAGUUUCUGGACUAAGACCAAAGAGGAUCGCUAUGAGAACAACGAGCUCUUCGCCAAACUCACCUUGGCCUUCUCCUCCCAGACCAAGACCUCCAAAGCUAAGAAAGACCAGGAAGACGAGGAGGACAAGAAAACAACCCAGAAGAAGAAGGUGAAAGAGUUGAAGGUGUUGGACUCCAAAUCAUCUCAGAACCUUUCCAUCUUCCUGGGCUCGUUCCGUCUGCCCUACGAGGAGAUCAAGAACAUCAUCCUGGAGAUCAACGAGAAGCUGCUCUCUGAGUCCAUGGUGCAGAAUCUUAUCAAGCAGCUGCCUGAACAGGAGACGCUGAAUGUUCUGGGUGAGAUGAAAGACGAGUAUGAAGACCUGGCAGAGGCCGAGCAGUUUGGAGUCGUGAUGUCGACGGUGAAGCGGCUGAAGCCUCGGCUGACAGCCAUCUUGUUCCGGCUGCAGUUUGAGGAGCAGCUGAACAACAUCAAGCCGGACGUGGUGUCCGUGACGGCGGCCUGCGAGGAGCUGAGGAAGAGCGCCACCUUCUCCCAGCUGCUGCAGAUCAUCCUGCUGGUGGGCAACUACAUGAACGCCGGUUCCCGCAACGCCAAGGCCUUCGGAUUCAGCAUCAGCUACCUCUGCAAGCUGCGGGACACCAAGACAGCUGACCUGAAGCAGACGCUGCUGCACUUCCUGGCUGACGUUUGUCAGGAGCAGUAUCCCGACGUCAUGACCUUCCCAGACGAGCUCAUCCACGUGGAGAAGGCCAGCCGAGUGUCGGCUGAGACUCUGCAGAAGAACUUGGAGCAGAUGGGCCGUGCGCUGAAGAGUCUGGACAAAGACCUGGAGACCUUCCCUCCUCCACAGAGUGACAGGGACAUGUUCAUAGAGAAAAUGAAUAGCUUCGUGGGCAGUGCCAGAGAGCAGUAUGAGAAGUUGGACAUGAUGCAUAAGAACAUGGAGAAGCAGUACUCUGACCUGGGGGACUACUUUGUGUUUGACCCUCGCAAGAUUUCUGUGGAAGAGUUCUUUGGCGACCUCAACAACUUCAAGAACAUGUUCCAGCAAGCGGUGAAGGAGAAUGCGAAGAGGAGGGAGGCGGAGGAGAAGAUCAAGAGAGCAAAGCUGGCCAGAGAGAAGGCUGACAGGGAGAAGGAGGAGAAACAGAAGAGAAGCCAACAACUGGACCUCAACGAAGAGGGUGAUGAGACUGGUAUCAUGGACGGCCUGUUGGAGGCGCUGCAGUCUGGUGCUGCCUUCAAGAGGAAGAGAGGCCCACGACAAGCUGCCAACCGGAGAGCUGGUCAUGCAGUAACGAACAUCCUGGCCAAAGAGUUGAUGAAGGAGGACACCCCGCCCUCCUUCAGCAAACCGCUCAAUAAGAAGACCAAGGCAGAACAGAAGGAGGAGCCUAGCAUAGAGGGGGCGGGGUCACUAGAUGAUCUCUUAGAGGAAAGCCUAUCACGGUCCAGUUAAAAACGGGUAGAAGUUACCCCCUUAGCCACAGAUCUUGGAUCAGCCUACCAUAUCCUAACCUUAACCAUGGGGGCAGGGAUACAGAAACUGAUCUUAGAUCAGUGUCUAGCGGCAACUUCCUCCUACUCCUUCAUAGGACCACGGAUUGGACAGACUGGGUCUGGAGGGGCCAAUGGAUGAGUGCGGGGCUCUCACCUUAACCACACCCCCAGGGUUUCGCAGGCUGGCUUGCUAUUAGUCGCUUCCACGCUGAGGGAGGACUCUUGCUCUGCCGUAUAAACGUACAGUAUCAAUGGUCAAGCAUCGGCAUCUGCACACAUCCACUGCACUCUGUCUGUCGCUCAUUUAGUCUCUCUUUAAUGAAUUUCUCUCGCACACACUGUCACUAUCUAUCCAUCUACUUUCCUCUCUCUCUGAAGUACGUCUUGAGACAAUCCCACAGACACUUUAUCGGGAGGGAUCCUACAUUUUCUCCCCCCAGAGGGAUAGGAUGGAUUUCCCAUUCCGGAUGGUUGGACUGUCCGACCUAUGUGGAAGCCCUGAUGUUUUAUAGAUCAUGUUUUGCUUUUUCCCAGGUUUGGUUUCAAACCUCUUAAAUGUUGCUCUGUAAUUGUCAAAUAUGCUGUAUGUUUGUCUUGCUGUAUGUUUAUAAAAGAAACCAGUGCCAACCAAUACAACUUCAAGUUGCACAUGUCAGCCCUCGUGUUGUCCAAUAGGAGUUUGUGUUGGGUUAGGGUGGACCAAGGGAUAAGCCGAAAGUGUGUGUGUGCGUGCGUGUGCGCGCGCGUGUUCCACAGUCCUCAUCUCAUUUCCCCGGGUUCUUGCUCUUUAUGUUCUCUCUGAUUCACAGGGAGGAGUCACUAUGUCGGUGAUAAACAGACUAUAGAGCCCUAUUGGCCAUUCUCAAAGGACGUCUUCACAAACAGGAAAUUGUGUGUGUGUCCAGAGCUACGUGUGUGUGGAUGUUAGUGGUUGUUUGUGCGUUUAUGGUGCGUGCGAGUUUGUGCUCGGGUACGCUCUGCCGUCUGUAAUUACUGUAUGGUGCUGCCUCUGCCUGCCUGUCUGCCGUCAUCAUAAAUGCUAUAUUUCCUAAACAGCGCUGUGGUCUUUCUGCUGAAGUUACAGCACACUGGAGACCUGCCCCCAAAAAAUGCUGAGACGAGUGUGUCCCCGAGUGCGUGUGUGUGUGCGCGCUUGCCCCCUUAGACUGCAACAUCCGUUGCUGAAUAUCUGGCCUUUCCGGUUUUGUAUUUAGUAGCCACAACGUUCGCGUAAUCCAAGGAGAAUGAUAAGCAGUUCUGCCAGUUGACCCAUGCUAUACCAAUCCUUAUGCAAACACGACAUAUCCCUACUGCUGUUCUCAAGUCAGUCACAAACGGUUAGAGCAUCUGCUUGAAUAACUGUGGUUUCCCGUAAGCGCUGAUCAGAGAUUGGUUUGUACAGGUCUCUGGAAUAGAGCCAAGCAACGACCUGUUGGGCUUUUACCUGCACAACAUGUUGUUAUUAUCAGGAGCUGACAGAUCGUUUCAUGAUAAUAAUCGUUGCUUCCUGCAGUAUAUUUCAAAGGUAUAAAAAGGACAAACGUUACCGCAACGUUGUGUGGAUGAGUAAUUUCAGGUGAUCCUGUCUCUAUUAUUUAAGUGGUCUUUUAAAUGACGUUGAGGAAAGGUUGAAAAAACAUCACUGGAAAAUAAUCACAUUUUCUGGCCUGAUUUUAUAAUUUUCUAGAAUUUUCUUUUUUCCCCCCAUUUUAUAAGAGCUUGUUUUCUAUGUGAAUUUUUACUCUUUUUUUAAUGGAUGUUAAAAGCAGAGGUUCAAGUUGAUUUCCGGAGAUAUCACUGUGGUAAUAUGUAUUAAAUUAUGUCAUUCGUUUGUGCUGUCCGCUACCAUUAAAAUGACUUCAAUAACAA